UUUACUCUUUUUCAGAGUGGUAGCUGUUUCAGAUCCAGCUCAAUUUAUCUCAGGUCCACGAAAACACAUGCAAGUAUUGGUAGAGACUGGCACUUGUUUCAAAGCGAUGUCUUUGUUUGGCAGCCAGUGAUGGCUGUGUAGAUGAAGACUCUAGGGGAACUCAUGUAAUUAGUAGCCAGAUGUAAUGCAAGGACCUAACCUAUUCUGUUACAGCUCUCUAAGUAAGAUAGUCCUGUUUUGUCACUGAGGUGCUUGAAGGUCUGGCUCAAAAUACUACAGCAAAAAUUUGCUUUUUACCUGUCCAUUCAAAAAUCUCUUCUCUUCCUGUCCCAGUAAAGUACACAGUGAAAGUGCGUGAACUCAGUUUAUACUGUCUUGGGUAACGGUCAUCAACUCGUGGAUUGCAGGGCAAGAAAGGUGUUCUUGGUUUCUAACGUUUGUAUCAUUUAAACUCUGAGAUACCAAAAUGUAAGGCUAACUGUAGCUAAUUAUAUCAUCGUGACAUGGAGAUAGGGGCUGGGGGGGGUUAAAUUCUCUGAAUCAAUCUUUUUCUAGUGGUCUUCAAUAUGUCUUGUCUAAAAAUACUCUUGGUUUUCCAUCCUGGCUCAGAUCUUCAUUGCUUGUCUUCAUAAUUUGGAUGAGAGGCCCUUGAGGUUUGUGCAACAAAGGUUUGGAACAUGGACUGAAGUGACCCUACAAUGUCAUUGCAGUCUCUGAAGGAAAAAAAGGUAAAUCAGCAGCAGAAUAUGUGAUCUACCAAGAUUAGUCUCAUAUUGUGUUUUAACACAAAGCAAAUUUCAUUAACAUUCUCUAGACGAAAAGUCACUCUGUAAUACUUUAGUUUGGGGCUGGAAAGCUGCAGGGAGUUGCUGCUUUUUUAUCUUUAAAGCAAGAAAGUACAUGCAACUUCAGUUUUAGAAAGUUAAUGUUUAAAAGGCCUGUUUGUGUCUUUUCAAAGACCAAGUUUCACAAUCAAAUUACUUUUCUCUUUAAUUGAUUAAGCAAUACUUCUUAAAUUAAUGCACCUCACAGAAGGCUGUGUCAUGUAGGGCUUCAAAACAUUCAUCUUUGUUCAUAUUUUUAAAAACACAGUGCCUGGAUUUAACUUACGAGAGUACGUAUGAAUUUUGCCCUUCUGCUUCCAAAUAACUACCUUUGCAGCUUGUUUUAUUACACUGCGUAAGACCAUUAAUGAUGUGUUCGUUUAUUCCUCUGAAAGGUAUUUAUUUCAUGGUACCUACACUGCUGAGUGGCAGAAGCUUACUGAGCAGUUUUACUCUUCAUUCAUCCAGCCUUCAUCGGGGAAGAGGAAAAUUGCUUAUUCAGAUCUUCUCAGCUGGCAGGGUGCUGUCAGAAAUGGUAAGGAGAGCAAUGAAGAUCUGGUAAUAGUGGAGGGAGCCAGGAGCUGAAGUUCCAAGCAGCGCUGAUUAUUAUUUUACGAAUGCCUCGCUGCUCUUAGUAUCUAGAGGAUCUGCUCUACCAUUCGUAUGAUAAUCAAGAUGAAAGAGCAGAUUCUCCCUCCGCCGUGUGAAAUUGUGGGCAGAUGCAGCGUAGAGGCAGGUUGAGCAUGAAACCACAGUGGUCAGUGCACGCCUUCUGCUAACGUCGUUAAUGACUCUGCAGUUGUAAUGACUUCACUGCUUGCCAUAUAGCAGCUGCAAGUUUUUACUGGAAUUGCAUGCCUGUAGUACCACAGACUUGGGAAUCCAUAGGAGCCAUCCAAACCCAGGCCAGAGACACUUGCGAAUGCAGCACAACGAUCGUUUGUGCGCCCUGUUCAGGGUGGCGUGCAACGGGACGAGCGCCUGGCUGCAGGUUGAAGGAAUGCAGAAAGGCAGCUGGAAUCAUUCUAGAACGUCAGUGACUGACAGGAAAGCUGCUGUCUGAUACCUGACAGUGGAGCUGCUGAACAGGGAUGGAGAGGGAAAGGCAGCGUGGGGAGGGGGUUCUGCUGCUCUGUGAGAGCACAUCCUUGCUAUACCUCACCCAUCAAUCACAUGGACAACGGGACAAAGCCCAUUUUGUAGCUACUCCUGCUGGCUUGUAGAGACAACAAGUAUCUUCUCUUGUCCAGAGCUUUUCCUGUGAGGCGUCGAACUGGUCAUAUGUGGUUUUCAGUUCAUUAAAUUGCAAGAUCAGCAGUCCAGUUUCCAAAUUACAGGCAGUGUAUUAUACAUGGCUGGACUUGGGGAUUUAUGGUCUGUAUUCCUCCAAUUCAGUGUUUAACAGCACUGCUGAUGAACAUUUGAUUGUAUCUUUGAAAACUCCUCUGUGCUGAGAUGCUUUCAGCUGGUUGUAGUUGACCUUAUCAGCCCUUAUUAGCUGUCAGCUGUGAAAAAUCACACACCAUGAUGUGCAUCUUUUUAAAGCCUAGAAAAUAUUCAUGAAAAGCAGCUGGAAACCUCAGCUUAUCUGAUUUUUGCUAACUUCCCCCAACCUGCAGCCUGUUGCCAGAAUCUCUAGGGCUAUCAGGUGAGAAUGUGAGCAACAAAUCACAUUCAAACUGCCAAAGACAGCACCUGGAAAUGAACCUGUAAAGGGGCCAAAGCCUCUGAGAGAAAUCCAAGGUGCGUAGAUCUUUCUGGAUUCUUUUUCUGUUUUGUCCUAUAGUGGGGAUGUAAUUAUCAUUUAUAACGUAUCUUAGCACCUUGCCGUGAUUUAUAUUGCAGGAAUGAUUUACACCAUCUGGGAUCUGAAGUGCACUGGAAGGGAUGUAAGGGCUCCCCUUAAUUGCAGUGAGCUGAGUCAAGCCCUUGAACUCUGUUAGGGCAAGCAUCACCAAAUGCAGUAUUCUAAGCAUUUUUUAUUGAAACGUAAGCAGUUGUUGACUCUGCAGAAGGCAAGUUGUGUUGACAUUUAAUAAUUAAUUUACACAGUGGCAUGUAUAGAAGCAGCUUAGGGAAGAAGGCCAAGUCCUGCAAGCUGCUGGAGAGUUUUCCAUCUUGAACAGUGCUUUAAAGUCAAGCAGGGCAUAAAUUUUCAUUUCUUACUUAAGCAUGGAUGUGUUCCAACUCCCCUGCAAGAUGAGUUGUACUGGUUUACUCUGCUGAAUGCCUGUGAAGGCGCUUCUUUGUUAUUACAGUGCCUUGAUGUGUGUAUUUAUAAAUGACCUGGCCCAACAGAAUCAGCCACUUGGCAGCGUUGUACUUGAGCUCACUUUUGAAGUGAAACUAGUAAAUGGAAGGGUGAAGAGGACAGGAAUUUCACUGUUGUGCCUAUGUAUUAAACAGAACUGUAUAAUCCAGAGGGGAAUUUAAUAGUUUACCUUGAAGCUCAGACCUUCCUUCAGCUGUCUAGGCAUUGCAAGGCAAUACUAGAUGGAUGUAACAGUUUGGGGGUUGGGGUUUUUUGCUGUUGUACAUGAGUCCCCCAAGACUGAUCUCCCAAGACAGUCACAGAGCGGAGAAAGUCUUGAGCAGCUUCGCCUGUCACCAGACAGGAGCGAUGGGCACAUCUUGAUCGGACGCUGUUCUGAAUGGCAAGGACUCGUAUAGACCGCACAGCAGGCUGGUAAUUUUCUGAGCCUCAAUGUAGUGUUCAGCUGCUGGACUAACUGCUUCCAAACACUGUCUUUUUGCUGGGUGUCGUCUGCUCCUCCCUUUCCCCAAACCCAAGUGCCCCCAGAGCCUGCGGUAGGAGCUGGCACGUUCUGCAGAAGCCCCUCAGCCUGGCCCCUCCCUCCCCUUUAUAACAGCGUUGAAGCCUGCGAGCCUUCAGUGCUCCAGCAGUGUCAUUGUGCCUGUUCAUUGCGUUGCUCCUGCUAGUACCCAGCCAGCCAAACGGACUAGGAGAGGCGAAAGGAAUUGCUGUAGGUGAGAUACUGCCUUUCAGUCACUGCUCUUCUUGUUCUAGAUGACAAGGAUCAAAGCCUGUGUGCAACAGGCUGUCUCCUUCCUAGCUGCUGGUUGUUCAUCUUUUCCGCUGCUGGUUUAAUGCCGAUGCCUGCCUUCAGCUCUGCAUGCAGAAGACUGGUUGAGGAGUGAUGAUGUCUUUUUAGUUUGCGUUUUGAAAAGACUGAAAACCUGCUAAGGAGCGAGAGCUAAUUCUAGCAAAGUAACUUUUUUAAAUCCUUGGUUUGCUUUGCUGUAAAGCCAGCAGGAGAAAACUGUAGUAGUUCCUCAGGUAGAUGAUGGAUGGGUAUUGCAAUGGUUAGUUUGAGCAGUACCUAAGGAGCUCUCUGCACACUGGAAGGCACUAAACCCCUCUGCCCUCCCUUUAUUCUCUCUCUGACUGAUUCUCUUUGUCUUUAAAUGACUUGAGUGCUGAAUUAGAGCUAGGGAAGUGUAUUAGCCUUUGCAAAAUUUCUUUUUUUUUCAGAUAUUUACACUCUAUUUGUUCUUUUAGACAGUCAGCAGCCAGUGUGUUAACAGCUCUUUCUUUCCAAGAUGUACACAAUAUAUUACCAGCUCUGGUUAGUUUAUUUUGAAGGAGGACACUUGAAAUAAAGAUCAUUUUGUAGCAUGUACCAAAUUGUAAGGAAAAAGCAGCAUUGAUUGACAGGUUAAAUCUACCAGGAUAAAUGCAGUGCCUCACUGGCUCAACCUGAAGACUACUGCUGCUUUCCCUUCGUGUGCCCUGGCGGCUGGUUCAGCUGUUCAUGUGCUGCUCUGGCAACAGCUCCCAGUAGCUACUACCACUUUGUAUUCUGCAAUUACUUUUUAGAAAAUGUAGGCUGAUCCAUAACUCAAAUGUCAGUCCUCUCCUUUGAUCCUUUCACAAGGUUCAAAAUAGUCCUGUUUUGAAGUCUUUCUUACAAAACAAACCAAAAAAAAAAAAAAAGACACCAUUUAAAUUUCACACAGAAAGAAUCUUCUCUGUAAAUUUUAUUCACCUCUCUUAUUAUGUGAAAAAUGUAGAAAAAGUGAGUGAGGGAAGCUGCUGAGCUGUAAUGUCAAGAGUUUUCACAGGAGUGCAGUUUUGGGAAAGAAUUCAUAAAAGUUGAUGAGGUAAGAUUAACUGAAGCCAGUGUUUUCUGAGCAUCAGUCAGAAGCGAGUACUACCAUACAUAGGAUUUUUUUGCCUACAUAGCCUCCUAAAUUGUAAGUUUUCUUGGGCAUUUUUAAUAAUUUUUAUACUUUCUGGGGUAGCAGUGCCCUGAGCCUUGUUUGAUGCUAUGACAACAAAUACUACCAAAAAUAUUGCAGCAGCUGGAGACUGAACAUAACCUGGCAUUGAUUGUUUUUCAUAGGUCUGGUGCUGUUUUACUGACAAAUGUACGAUUAUUUCAAGCCAUGCAGAAAUUAGGUUGCAGAGUUUGAAAUGAAAAUCGUUAAUAAAAUAUGCUGGUUUUCACCCCUAGCCCAUUUUUCUUCCUUGGUCAGUUAAGAGCAGGAGGCUGAGCCAAAAGAGGCUUCAGAAACAAUGUCUGGUGUCUCCUGAUGCAGGUGAAACAGCUUUGUUUCAGGUCAUUUUGGUGCCCAGUGAAAGAAACACCUUUGUUUUCUGCAACCCAAAUGGAAAGUGAAAUUAAGGUUUUGCUUUUAAGCCCCCUGCAAAUGAGAACCUCCUAGAGGAGGCUGCUCUAUUAGUGCAACUGAUUUUAAUUAUUACUUUAUAAAACUAAUCUAAAAUGUCUUUUAAUAGCACUUUCCCAUUUCUCAGAGCGUAAGGGCCCAGUGCUCAGGAGCAGCGGGCUCCAGCGGCUCCCUGGCCUUGCCCUGCGACCCCUGGGCGUGUGCCCCCGGUCCGCACGCCUCCCCCUUGUGCAGAGCCAGCUGGGAGAGGUGCAGUGCAACAGCCGGUGGGUAAACCCACUUCACAGGUUGGUCACAGCCUUUUUGCUGCAGGGGAGUGUUCACCAGAAACUUUUUUUUUUAGUGUUUGUUCUGGCUGCUCUCAGAAGCGACUGUCUUUUCACACCUGGAGAGGUUUGUUUGAAUCGGGGGCUCUCCAGGAUGAGGUGCAGUAAAUCCAGGACACGCUGAUUUUAAGCCAGCAAUGAGGAACUGUCAAACCAGCUUUAACCACUUCCCUUUCAUCUCUAGCAGGAAGUUUCCUUUAGACAGUAGAUAUUUCUGCUCCAAUGGACAAAGCUCUUCACUUCGUGCUCUGUGUGACUCCAGCACUGCUGCUCCUGGGAGAAUCAAGCCAGGCAGGAACUGCAAGGCGUGAUGAUGCUGUGAGUAAGGGCACUGACUCAAGGGGGCCUGGAGAGGGUCUUCCAGUUUUGACUGUCACAACAAUCCUGGAAGAUCCUUAUGUCAUGGUGAGAAGUGCAGAACUGGAGGGAUACUGCAUUGAUUUGCUGAAAGCACUUGCUGCAAUGCUUCACUUCAGCUACAAGGUGAAGGUGGUGGGCGACGGGCAGUAUGGUGCCAUCUCUUCCAGUGGGAACUGGACAGGAAUGAUUGGCGAAAUUCUAAGACAGGAAGCAGACAUUGCAGUGGCUCCGUUGACAGUCACGUCAGCAAGGGAAGAGGUGGUCUCCUUCACCACACCAUUCCUGCAGACUGGGAUCGGAAUCUUGCUUCGAAAAGACACGGCCUCUCAGGAGAUGUCCUUCUUCCACUUCCUGGCUCCUUUCAGUAAGGAGACCUGGACUGGCCUUUUAUUCGCUUAUGUCCUGACGUGCUUCUGCCUCUUUCUUGUUGCCAGACUGAGCCCCUGUGAAUGGAACGAGCCAAAGAAUGAAGAGAACCACUUUACCUUCUUAAAUAGCCUCUGGUUUGGAGCAGGAGCGCUCGCCCUGCAAGGUGUCACCCCUCGGCCCAAAGCGCUCUCUGUGCGGGUCAUCGCUGCUGUCUGGUGGCUGUUCACCAUCGCCUUGCUGGCCGCCUACAUCGCCAACUUCACCGCUCUGCUGAGCUCUGGCAGCGAGCAGCUCCCAAUCCAGACUUUUGAAGAUCUUGUGAAGCAAAGAAAGCUUGAGUUUGGGACACUGGACGGCUCCUCUACUUUCUACUUCUUCAAGAACUCCAAGAAUCCCAUCCAUCAGAUGAUCUAUGAAUAUAUGGACAAAAGACGAGAACACGUUUUGGUCAAAACCUACCAGGAAGCAAUUCAACGUGUGAUGGACUCGAACUACGCCUUCAUCGGUGAAUCCAUCUCGCAAGACCUGGCAGCAGCCAGGCACUGCAACUUGAUCAGGGCCCCUGAAGUUAUCGGAGCCAGAGGAUUUGGCAUUGCCACUACCCAGGCAUCCCAGUGGACUAAGAAGCUCUCCGUUGCUGUCCUCAAACUGCGUGAAUUGGGCGACCUCGACUACUUGCGUAACAAGUGGUGGGAGAGCAGCUGCCUUCACAAGAGCAGAGAGAGAUGGAGCCCGCUGCAGCCCCAGGCUCUGGGUGGGCUCUUCCUGACGCUCGCCAUCGGCCUGGCGCUGGGGGUGAUCGCAGCGGUGGUGGAGCUCUCCAAUAAGAGCCGACACGCUGCCGGACAUGCAAAGAAAUCUUGUUGCUCCGUUUUCACAGAAGAAAUGUGCGCUCGUCUACGUAUAAAAGAAAAUACAAGACAAAGCCAGGAGACUUCAGGGAGGGCUAAUGCUUAAGAAUUUUUUGCUUAAGGAAUGGGC